AUGCAAUUUUCAGUAGAGUACUCUUAUAUGGGUACACCCCAACAUACCGCGGGGCCAACCUACCGCCGAGCUAUAACUUCGUUCAGAAUUGUCGAAUCAGGGACACCCUGGUAUGGUUCGAUGCGCCUCGACGAGCUGAAUCGAACCAUACCAGAGCGUCCCAAAUUAGACAAUUCUGAACAAAGUUAUAGCUCGGCGGUAGGUUUUCUCGCGGUAGGUUAGCCUGCUCCCCUCUUAUAUAUUGAAUAUUUUUAAGAGAAUUUUUUAUUACUUUUUUUCAAUCCUUUUUUUUAUUUUUUCUAGAUUUAAUUUACCUCUACAUACUCAUUUUCUUAAAUUUAUUUACUAGACUUCUCUUUUUUUUAUCCAAAAAAUUUUUUUGGAUAAAAA